AUGGCGAUAAUCGGUUCUGGGAGGUUUAAUCCCCCUGGUGCAGAGCUUAUUGAGUGGGAAAAACAUCCUGCUGCGUCGAUUCCAUGUCAACGGAUGAGCCAAGCGGAAUGUCAACAGUUCAGAGAAAAGUACAACGUCCCCGAAGAGUGGGAGGUAGAGUUCAACAGCCAUCUACGAGCAUGUCAUCCCGUCGCCGGCCGCCUUUGCAUUUAUAAGUGUGCUUUUGACAGGGGCUUUCGGCUCCCUCCCCGGAGAAGAGUGAUGACCUUACUUCAACAUCUUACUAUCGCUCCCGCCCAACUGUCUCCCUUCGGAUGGCGAUACUUGAUGGGGUUCCUCCUUAUUUGUCAUUCUGGCAAAAUUGAGCCAACUGGAGACCUCUUCGACUAUUUCUUCACGACCAACCGCGACCCCGGAGGGUGGAUCUCCAUCUCCCCUCGGAUCGUGAAAGAUAGCCGUCUUCUCGCCUGCAAGGGAUACUCUAAUCUUGAGAUUUCUGCUUCGACUCUCAUGCAAUCCGGCGGGUCGAAAGAUUCUGAUGAUUGGAAGGAGCGUUUUGUCUUCGUCCGCCCCAGGCCAUCCGGCUCUUCUCAAGAGAUCUGGUCUGUCAGUAACGAGUGGACUCUGGACACUAAGCACAAGCGUCCGAGCGUCGAGACCAUUGAAGAUUUCGCCUGCCGACUUAUGAAGAACAGUCGGAACUGGGAAGAAGGAUGGCUCUCCAAUCCCAGCCUUUCCCAAGCGGGUUUGGACGGCGAGAACUAUGAAGAGGUCUGGGAAAUAUCUUAUUCUGCUAUCACCAAAGGAAUGAUUUUGGACUUCCCUGGGAGUAAGGGCCCUUCGGCACCUUCCGGCAACCAGAGGGUGUUGGAGAGGACUGCGCCUCCCGAGCGAAUUCCAAAGAGCAAGAAGAGUAACAAGAAGAACUCAUUACCGUCCAGGUCGCGAAGGGCGGUGGAGGAAGACCCCGGGACCUUCCAAGAGGCUUCCAAGGGGAGCAUUGCUGGGGGUUCGGGGGACCCAUCUUCCCGUUCGGGGGACCCAUCUUCCCCGCUUCUCCUUUCUCAAACCAGAGACUCUCCGACCGCGCGGCGAGAAGCCUCCACCAUGCCUGCGCGCUUGCCGAUCUCUCCCGAAGACGAUUCGGCGACCAUCGCUCAGGUGCUUGCUGUAGCUCGCGCAGAGGCCCAGAAAAGGCAAACCAUGGCAGCGGGGCGUUCGGAGCUGACGGGAGAGGCUUCGCUGGAGGAGGCUUCGGUGUUGUCGGCGAAGGAGAUUUUAGCGCGCCGGACGAAGCGUCGCAGGAUGGAAGCCGCCUCCCCAGCUGCUGCUCCCUCCGAGCCUUCGGCUCCUAAAGCCACCAAUGCUCUUUCAACGGCUUUAGUCUUACCGGAGACUCUACGAACUCCGAACGAGAUCGACUAUUGCGCUGAAAUUCUAAGGAACCUUACGGAGUUCCAAGGUCUGGUCUCUCGACGAGAGUCCGAACUUCAAACUCGGAUCAUCUCCCUGGAGUCUGAAGUGGAAAGGCUUCGAGGGUUGGAAUCUCUUUCUUCCCAACUGUCGGGUCUCGAGCACCGUGUUCAUAUUUUAACCAAGUCUGUGGAGCUGGCGCAAGAAGAUGCCCGACUUGCCAACGAAGCCGAAGCUCAAGCUCGGGAGGAUUUGGAGUUGGUCCAGAAGAACAUGCUUGAGGCUAAUCAGGCCAAUUCCCGACUUGGGGAGGAGCUGGAUUCCACUAAGGUUGUUAAUCGCCAGCUUCAGGAGGAUAUAAAAAGACUCACUCUAGAGCUGAAGGAGGCCAAGAAGGGACAGGUCGAAGCGUUGGAGUCUUAUUCCCGGUGCAAAGAAGACCUUCGUACCGCUCAUGCCCAACUUCAAUCUGCCCUCAAGGAUGCCCAAGUGGCUUUUCAGAAUGGUCGAGAGGAUUUCCGAAGCUCUGAAGCUUAUGCCGCGGAAUUAGAAGGAGUUCUUCGGGGUGGGUUUGAGCAUAUGAGAAAACUCAUCAAAGAGCGCUUCCCGAACUUGGAUGUAGACUCCAUCCCCUUCGAUGUUGUCGCCGCCUUGUCUUCUUUAGAGUAG